AUGGCUCAGGUUUCUGACGCUGAGGACAAGGUACCUCACGCUGAGUACAAGGUUCCUGACGCUGAGGACAAGGUUCCUGACGCUGAGGACAAGGUUCCUGACGCUGAGGACAAGGUUCCUGACGCUGAGGACAAUGUACCUCACGCUGAGGACAAGGUUGCUGACGCAGAGGACAAGUUCUUCACGCUGAGGGCAACGUUCCAGACGCUGAGAAAAAGGCUCCUGACGCUGAGGACAAGGUUCCUGACGCUGCGGACAAGGUGCCUGAUGCUGAGGACAAGGUUCCUGACGCUGACGACAAGGUUCCUGACUCUGAGGACAAGGUUCCUGAUGCUGAGGAAAAGGUUCCUGACGCUGAGGAAAAGGCUCCUGACGCUGAAGUCAAGGUUCCUGAUGCUGAGGACAAGGUACCUCACGCUGCGGACAAGGUGCCUCAUGCUGAGGACAAGGUUCCUGACGCUGACGACAAGGUUCCUGAUGCUGAGGACAAGGUUCCUGAUGCUGAGGAAAAGGUUCCUGACGCUGAGGAAAAGGCUCCUGACGCUGAAGACAAGGUUCCUGAUGCUGAGGACAAGUUACCUCACGCUGAGGACAAGGUUCCUGACGCUAAGAACAAGGUUCCUGACGUUGAGGACAAGGCGCCUGAUGCUGUGGACAAGGUUCCUGACGCUGAGGACAAGGUUUCUGAGACUGAGAACUAGGUUCCUGACACUAAGGACAAGGUUCCUGACGCUGAGGACAAGGUUAAUGGCGGUGAAGACAAGGUUCCUGACGCUGAGGACAAGGUUUCUGACGCUGGGGACAAGGUUCCUGACGCUGAGGAGAAGGUUCCUGACGCUGAAGACAAGGUUCCUGAUGCUGAAAACAAGGUACCUCACGCUGAGGACAAGGUUCCUGACGCUAAGAAUAAGGUUCCUGACGUUGAGAACAAGGUUCCCGACGCUGAGGCCAAGGUUGCUGACGCUGAGGACAAGCUUUCUGACGCUGAGGACAAGGUUCCUGACGCGGAGGUCAAGGUUCCUGACGCUGAGGACAAGCUUCCUAACGCUGAGGAAAAGGUACCUCCCGAUGAGAACAAGGUUCCUGAAGUUGAGGACAAGGUACCUCACGCUGACGACAAGGUUCCCGACGCUGAGGACAAGGUUCCUGACACUAAGGACAAGGUUCCUCAGGCUGAGGAAAAGGUUCCUGACGCAGAGGACUAGGUUCCUGACGCUGGGGACAAGGUUCCUGACGCUGAGGACAAUGUUCCUGACGCUGAGGACAAGGCGCCUGAUGCUGUGGACAAGGUUCCUGACGCUGAGGACAAGGUUUCUGAGACUGAGGAAUAGGUUCCUGACACUGAGGACAAGGUUCCUGACGCUGAGGACAAGGUUAAUGGCGGUGAGGACAAGGUUCCUGACGCUGAGGACAAGGUUUCUGACGCUGGGGACAAGGUUCCUGACGCUGAGGAGAAGGUUUCUGACGCUGAGGACAAGGCGCCUGAUGCUAAGGACAAGGUUCCUGACGCUGAGGACAAGGUUCCUGAGACUGAGGACAAGGUUCCUGACGCUGAGGACAAGGUCCCUGACGCUGAGGACAAGGUUCCAGACGCUGAGGACAAGGUUCCUGACGUUGAGGACAAGGUUCCUGACGCUGAGGACAAGGUUCCUGACGCUGAGGACAAGGUUCCUGACGCUGAGGACAAGGUAUCUCACGCUGAGGACAAGGUUCCUGACGCUGAGGACAAAGUUACUGACGCUGAGGACAAGGUUCCUCAGGCUGAGGAAAAGGUUCCUGACGCAGAGGACUAG